UCAUACCUAUCCCCAAAUCUCUCUAUCAGAAACCUAAAAUGGCAAUUUCACUUCCUAAUACUACUAAUUUAUGCUUCGUCUGUUGUAUAAUGAAAAGCUACAUAGUGUUUUGAGUGAUUAAUUCAAGUUUGACACUGAUUUCAACAUUUUUUUACUGGUUGCGAAGAAUUUGGAGUUGGAUCUCAAGAAUUGUUGUUGUUUUAUGGUUGAAUUACAGUCAGAAAUCUGAUGGAUAAUAUUAUUAUUACAACUCAUGUUCACAAUGGUGGCAAGUUUAUUUUUGAUGAGGAAUAUGGUCCACGCAACACAAGAGAAAGUGAGGUAGAAUAUGUAAGUAUGGACAAGGACCACUUUUCUAUAUUCGAGUUGCUUUAUUAUACUACAGAAUUUGGGUAUGUGACUGUUGGUGGGUUCUACUUUAAAGACCCUAAAAAGAAAGUGUUUAUUGAAGUAGAAAAUGACUUGACUUUGCUAAGUCUUGUUGAAGACCUAAAAGAUGGGGACUUUUAAGACUUGUAUGUGAACCAUGUUGUGGAUGAGUUAGAAGUGGUAGAAGAUGGGGUCCCAUCUGAUUUUCUUUGUGAUACAACAGGUAAUCAAAGUAUUAAUGUGGUUAGUGAAAAUAGCAAUGCGGGUGAGAAUAUAUCAACAGUUCAUGAUAUUAAUGUUGAAGGGUUACAUGAGGAACCUACCCAAACUGACAACAUAGAUAUAAAAUCUGGUGCAGCUGAACUCUCGGAUCUAGAAGUGGCUGAAAUAGAUCUUGAUAGUAGUGCUGAUUCUUAAGAGUUUAAUAUACUAGAAGAUGAUGAUUCUGAAGUUGAUGAAGAGUUAAGAGAUCUUAGAAACGAAAGGAGAAACUGUGUGAAACAAAAGAAACCUGUCCAGAAUGAAGAAAUAAAACUUGGAUCAGCAGGUAUUGAUAGGGGAUUUGAAGAUAUUGGAAGGAAUAAGGCUGCUGGAUACCGUGGAAAAUUAGGGAGAGAUGAGGAGUUAUAGAUAGCUCAGAACUUGAUAGUGAUGACAGUGCUGAUGGACUGGAACCUGAAGCUGUCAGGGGUGUUGAUUUACCAACAAAAAGGAAAAGUAAAAGUUAAGAUUUAAUCCUGAUUGUGUUGUGUCUAUAUUUGAGCUUGGUAUAAUAUUUUAAAAUGUUAAGCAAUUUAGAAAGGCUGUGUCAGAGUAUGCUGUAGAAUACAAAGUUAGAUUGAAGCUUAAGCCUAAUAAAGAACAUUGAGUUAGAGUUAGGUGUGAGGACAAGAAAUAUAAAUGGUUGUUGUUUGCUAGUAUUGAUAAGCAUUCUGGUGACUUUGUUUUCAAGCACUACUAUCCUGUACAUGUAUGCUCUACUACAAAAAAAAAAUAAGUUGUGCAUAUCUAAGUUUAUUGCAAGUAAGUUCAAGAAUGAAAUAACUUUACAACCUUAUACAAAACUGUGAAAAAUCUAGAAAUUGAUGAGAAAAAAAUUGAAUUUGUAUGUGGAAAAAAUUGUUUGUAGCAGGGCAAAGCAUAAAGUCAAUAAAGAAUUCUUAGAUGAUUGAAAGAUGAAAUUUUCAAGGAUGUGUGACUAUGCAGACAUGAUAAAACAUACUAAUCCUGACAGUUUUUGUUGGGUGAGGAUAGAUAGAGAGUCUCAACCUAAAAAAAAAUUAUUUAUUUAUUUUUAUUUGUGCUUUGAUGCAUUAAAGAGAGGCUGGCUGGCAGGGUACAGAAAAAUUAUUGGGUUAGAUGGUUGUUUUUUGAAAGGUUGUUGCAAGGGUGAAUUGUGAGUUACAGUUGGUAGAAAUAGAAAUAAUCAAAUGUAUUCAAUAGCCUUGACAGUGGUUGAUCAAGAGACAAAACAUAGCUGGAGUUUCUUCAUUAACCACUUGAUUCAAGAUUUGAACUUAGAAACUGGACAUGGACUGACUGUCAUGUCAGAUAAGUAAAAAGUUAGUCUACUUUAUAUACUUUAAUUUUGAUGUCUUCUAUUUAUUUAUCAUACAGUCAUGUUCAUAUAUUUUGUGUUUUGAUUUUGUAUUUAUGUUGAUGUAGGGUCUUGUACCUACUAUACUUAAGUUGCUAUCAAUUGUGAAAUGAUGUGGUGUGCAAGAUAUAUCUAGUCCAAUUGGCAUCAGAUCUGGAGAGCAGAAUAAAUAAGAAAACAAUUUUAGAGGUGUGCUAAAUCUAGUUUUGAAGUAAAGUUUUUGAAUGAGAUGGGCAAAUUCAGUCAACUUGGUAAGGAUAUUUGUGAGGACUUAUUACAUUAUGAAAAAAAUUAUGGUGCAGGGCAUAUUUUAGGGAGCAUUCUAAAUAUGACAUUGUUGAGAAUAAUAUGUUUGAGACAUUUAAUUCAAGGAUUUUAGCUGCUAGACAUAAAUCUAUAAUCAGUAUGUUAGAGGAGGUUAGACACAAGAUAAUGGAUAGAAAUGUUGAAAUGAGGAAAUUUGUUGAUACCUGAAUUUUAGACAUCUCUCCUAUGGCUUUAUUAGUACUUGAAGAAAAAAAAUAUGGCUAGAAAUUGCACAGUUAGGUUCAAUGAACAGAUUGGGUAUGAAAUUUUAGAUGGUCCUUAUAGGCAUAUAGUUGAUAUUAAGGAAAGGACUUGCACUUGUAGAAGCUGACAAUUGAGAGCCAUACCAUGUCAACAUAUUGUAUUGACUUAUCAGCAUAAAGGUAUAGAGCCUAAAUUUUAUGUGGAAGAGUGGUAUAAAAAAGAUACAUUCUUGAAAACUUAUGACUAAUUUCUUCAGCCAAUACCUUAUAUGAAAAUGUGGCGUAACAUAAGUGGUAUAGUGAUUGAUCCUACUGAGCCUAGAUCAAUGCCUGAUAGAUCAGAAAAAAAUAGAAAAAAGAGGAAGAAUGAGCCUAAGAAGAAGUAUGGGAAUUUAUCCAGGAAAGGACUGAAAAUUUCUUGCUCCAAAUGUCAUCAAAUUGGUCAUAAUAAAACUCUCUGUAAAGCUUAGAUAAUGCACUCAUAUCUUUUAAUUCAAUAAUUAAAUUCUGAUAUUUAUAAUAUAUAUUUAGUAUCCUUUAUUGUUAUGAUGGAAUGGGACAACCUGAAAGCUCUAUCCAGGCAGCAAGUUCUAGCAGGCCACCAAGCUUCGGCCAGCCACUAAGCUCUAGCAUACCACCAAGUUUCAGCCAACAACCAAGCUUCAGCCAGCAACCAAACUUCAGCCAGCAACUAAGCUUCAGCAGUUCUAUGUGUGUUGAUACCUCAGCAGUUAUAAAAGUGCAGCCAGCUGGAAGAGGUAGAGGUAGAGGCCAGACAAAGGUAGAGGAACUGGCAAAGACAAAGGAACUAGAAGCGGUACUGGCACAGGUAAAGGAAAAUAAAGUGCAUCUGAUCAGCAACUUGGAAAAAAAAACCAUUGGAGCAUCAACAUCAUCAAUAGGACAAAAAACGUCAAAGACAAUAGGAUUUGGUAUCUACACUGAUCAAAUGAGUGGCAGUCAAACAUUAAAUCCUGAAACUAGAAGUGAAAGAGUUGUCAUUCUGGGUGUUUUCAAAGAUGCAACUCAAAUAAAGAUUGAUAUUAGUUAUAAGUCUCGAGGAAUGAAGUGGAAGGGAAAGAAUGGUGUCACAAUUUCUCAAUUGCAGCGUAUGAGUCAGUCAAAAAAGAAGCCAACUUGAAAGUUCUAGUGCACCAAGAGGAAUAUGAAGUUGUUGAAUUAAUUGUGUUUUUAGUACAAUGUAUAUUUUGGUGAUUAGUUGUAUGGCUACUUUGGUAUUUUGUUGGAGUUUCUGAAGAUUCUGAACUAUAUUUUGUGGUCUGUUUUAGAUUAGUUUUUUAUGAACACUUAAUGUAUGGUUAGAGCACAUUUUGAGCAGUUGAA